AGCAAGUCUAAUACAACGACCGCAUACCAAAAUGGCGUCGAAGCCCAGAAAGAAACUAUACAAGAUACAGAAACAUCAUUAAAUCGUGUGUUGCACUUUACCUCUGAAGAUAGUAAUAUUUUGAAAAUGACAAAUGUUCAAGACAUUCAUUCAACAAAAAGAGCAAGUGUACCAUGGCGCACAAAAGAAAAUAGUUUAGAAGUAAAACACUGGAGAAAAUUAAGACCAGAAGAAAAGGCUACAAAGAUUACAAGUUCUCUGGAGGAUUCAAAUAUUCUUCAUCUUGAUCGCGAUGUCUCUACUUCUGAAAGUAAAAGUUUGCAUAAACAAAGAAUUGAAAGAAAACAUGACAAAGAUAUUUACUCUAAAGAAGAACCCAUACCUUGGAUAAAAGAAGCAAUACAAUUAAAACCUACAAAGGUUGAAAAGAUCCCAAAUCGUAAAGAAAAAUUGGAGGAAGUAACUUUAAAACCGUUGAAUAAAACAUUUAACCAAGUAGAAACAUUGUUAAUUGAUGAAAGUUUGACGUCUGAAGAAGAAACAGUAGUUUUAAAAAUAGCAAAUGAAAUAUCAAUUACUGAUAGGCAGAAGGACGAACAAGAUCAACAAAUAGAAGAUUUAAAACCAGAUUCGAUACAAAAAGUAUUAAAAACGGAUAAGGAGGAAGAUAAGCCGCAGAAGGUAUCAUGGAGGACAGGAAAACGGAAACCGAAAGAAGAACAAAAAGUAGAAGAGGUGGUCCUUAAACCGGUUCAAAAACCAAAGCCUACUGAGAAAGAAGAAAAACCGGAGGAAGUACAGCUAAAACCAUUCAAGAAGGAAAAGCCUUUUGACGAAGACAAACCGGAAGAGGUGUCAUGGAGUACAGGUACAAGGAAAUCAAAGGAAGAACAACCAGUGGAAGAAGUGGUUCUUAAACCAGUUCCAAGACAAAAACAGCCUGACGAAGAUAAAACUGAAGAAGUAAAGCUGAAACCAGUAAAGAAAAUAAAGCCUAUUGAGGAAGACAAACCGGAAGAGGUGUCAUGGAGGACAGGUAAAAGGAAACCAAAGGAAGAACAAACAGUGGAAGAAGUGAUUCUUAAACCAGUUCCAAGACAAAAACAACCUGACGAAGAUAAACCUGAAGAAGUACAGCUGAAACCAGUGAAGAAAGAAAAGCCUAUCGAGGAAGACAAAACAGAGGAGGUGUCCCUGAAAACAGGAAAAAGAAAACCGAAAGAAGAACAACCAGUAGAAGAGGUGGUCCUUAAACCGGUUCCAAAACAAAAGCCUACUGAGAAGGAAGAAAUACCUGAGGAGGUACAGCUGAAACCAGUAAAGAAAAUAAAGCCUAUUGAGGAAGACAAACCGGAAGAGGUGUCAUGGAGGACAGGUAAAAAGAAACCAAAGGAAGAACAACCAGUGGAAGAAGUGGUACUUAAACCAGUUUCAAGACAAAAACAACCUGACGAAGAUAAACCUGAAAAAGUACAGCUGAAACCAGUGAAGAAAGAAAAGCCUAUCGAGGAAGACAAACCAGAGGAGGUGUCACUGAAAACAGGAAAAAGAAAACCGAAAGAAGAACAACCAGUGGACGAGGUGGUCCUUAAACCGGUUCCAAAACAAAAGCCUACUGAGGAGGACGAAAAACCUGAGGAGGUACAGCUAAAACCAGUUAAGAAAGAAAAGCCUAUUGAGGAAGACAAACCAGAAGAGGUGUCAUGGAGGACAGGUAAAAGGAAACCAAAGGAAGAACAACCAGUGGAAGAAGUGGUCCUUAAACCAGUUCCAAAACAAAAGCCUACUGAGAAGGAAGAAAAAUCUGAGGAGGUACUGCUAAAACCAGUAAAGAAAGAAAAGCCUAUUGAGGAAGACAAACCGGAAGAGGUGUCAUGGAGGACAGGUAAAAGGAAACCAAAGGAAGAACAACCAGUGGAAGAAGUGGUCCUUAAACCUGUUCCAAGACAAAAACAGCCUGACGAAUAUAAACCUGAAGAAGUACAGCUGAAACCAGUGAAGAAAGAAAAGCCUAUUGAGGAUGACAAACCGAAAGAGGUGUCAUGGAGGACAGGUAAACGGAAACCAAAGGAAGAACAACCAGUGGAAGAAGUGGUUCUCAAACCAGUUCCAAGACAAAAACAACCUGACGAAGAUAAACCUGAAGAAGUACAGCUGAAACCAGUGAAGAAAGAAAAGCCUAUCGAGGAAGACAAACCAGAGGAGGUGUCACUGAAAACAGGAAAAAGGAAACCGAAAGAAGAACAACCAGCGGAAGAGGUGGUCCUUAAACCGGUUCCAAAACAAAAGCCUACUGAGGAGGACGAAAAACCUGAGGAGGUACAGCUAAAACCAGUGAAGAAAGAAAAGCAUAUCGAGGAAGAAAAACCAGAAGAGGUGUCCCUGAAAACAGGAAAAAGAAAACCGAAAGAAGAACAACCAGUGGAAGAAGUGGUACUUAAACCGGUUCCAAAACAAAAGCCUACUGAGAAGGAAGAAAAACCUGAGGAGGUACAGCUAAAACAAGUAAAGAAAGAAAAGCCUAUUGAGGAAGACAAACCAGAAGAGGUGUCAUGGAGGACAGGUAAAAGGAAACCAAAGGAAGAACAACCAGUGGAAGAAGUUGUCCUUAAACCAGUUCAAAAACAAAAGCCUACUGAGAAGGAAGAAAAACCUGAGGAGGUACAGCUAAAACCAGUAAAGAAAGAAAAGCCUAUUGAAGAAGACAAACCGGAAGAGGUGUCAUGGAGGACAGGUAAAAGGAAACCAAAGGAAGAACAACCAGUGGAAGAAGUGGUUCUUAAACCAGUUCCAAGACAAAAACAACGUGACGAAGAUAAACCUGAAGAAGUACAGCUGAAACCCGUGAAGAAAGAAAAGCCUAUCGAGGAAGACAAACCACAGGAGGUGUCCCUGAAAACAGGAAAAAGAAAACCGAAAGAAGAACAACCAGUGGAAGAAGUGGUCCUUAAACCGGUUCCAAAACAAAAGCCUACUGAGGAGGACGAAAAACCUGAGGAGGUACAGCUAAAACCAGUGAAGAAAGAAAAGCCUAUUGAGGAAGACAAACCGGAAGAGGUGUCAUGGAGGACAGGUAAAAGGAAACCAAAGGAAGAACAACCAGUGGAAGAAGUGGUUCUUAAACCAGUUCCAAGACAAAAACAACCUGACGAAGAUAAACCUGAAGAAGUACAGCUGAAACCAGUGAAGAAAGAAAAGCCUAUCGAGGAAGACAAACCACAGGAGGUGUCCCUGAAAACAGGAAAAAGAAAACCGAAAGAAGAACAACCAGUGGAAGAAGUGGUCCUUAAACCGAUUCCAAAACAAAAGCCUACUGAGGAGGACGAAAAACCUGAGGAGGUACAGCUAAAACCAGUGAAGAAAGAAAAGCAUAUCGAGGAAGAAAAACCAGAAGAGGUGUCCCUGAAAACAGGAAAAAGAAAACCGAAAGAAGAACAACCAGUGGAAGAGGUGGUACUUAAACCGGUUCCAAAACAAAAGCCUACUGAGAAGGAAGAAAAACCUGAGGAGGUACAGCUAAAACCAGUAAAGAAAGAAAAGCCUAUUGAGGAAGACAGACAGGUAGAGGUGUCAUGGAGGACAGGUAAAAGGAAACCAAAGGAAGAACAACCAGUGGAAGAAGUGGUUCUUAAACCAGUUCCAAGACAAAAACAACCUGACGAAGAUAAACCUGAAGAAGUACAGCUGAAACCCGUGAAGAAAGAAAAGCCUAUCGAGGAAGACAAACCAGAGGAGGUGUCUCGGCAAACAGGAAAAAGAAAACCGAAAGAAGAACAACCAGUGGAAGAAGUGGUCCUUAAACCCGUUCCAAAACAAAAGCCAACUGAGAAGGACGAAAAACCUGAAGAGAUACAGCUACAACCAGUAAAGAAAGAAAAGCCUGUUGAGGAAGACAAACCAAAAGAGGUGUCAUGGAGGACAGGUAAAAGGAAACCAAAGGAAGAACAACCAGUUGAAGAAGUGGUCCUUAAACCAGUUCCAAGACAAAAACAACCUCACGAAGAUAAACCUGAAGAAGUACAGCUGAAACCAGUGAAGAAAGAAAAGCCUAUCGAUGAAGAAGAUAAACCAGAGAAAUCAGACCAAAAAUCAGUUAAAAAAGAAAAGACUGAAGAAGUUACGAUAAAGGAAGUGGAAAAAUCUGUCGAAACAAUGGCCCUUAAAACAAUUUCCAAAGAAGAUAUUCUUGAAGAAACUGGGCCCAUAAUAAUUCAACCUAUUAAAGCUGCUAUUGUCAAAGAAAAUGAUACUUUUGAGUUCAUCGUCAUGUUUAAGCCGAAUAUCGUUAAUAAAAUCUCAUGGUCAUUUAAUAAUAAGAUAAUCAAAAAUGAUGAGGAAUUUAAAAUUUUAACUGAACCUGGAAAAUCAAUUUUGAUUGUGCAAACUGCAAACAAAACGAAGAUUGGUAAAUACGAAGUCCUUAUAGAAAAUAAGGAUAUGGUGGUUAAAAGUGCGUCUACUCUUAAGUUGAAGAAAGUUUCCGAUACUGAAAAUAUAACACCACCUGUAUUUACAAGACCUCUACAACCCAAACAUGUUGCAUUGGGUGACAUAAUUCUCUUAGAAACUGAAGUAAUUUCAAAUCCUUGUGCAUCUUUUCAAUGGUUUUUGGGGAAUAAAGAAGUCAUUAGUUACGUUAAAGAAAGUAAAAUUAAAAACAUGUAUAUAACUAGCAAUGACAAUAUCUCUUGUCUUUGCAUUGAAGAUUCUACAAGAGAUGUACCUGAUAUUAUUACAUGUAGAGCUGAAAAUUUUGCUGGAUCUGUUUCUUGUUCAGCACAAAUAAACGUUGUGGAUGAAAAUGUUAAAGCUUCUGGAGUCGGACCUAAAUUUUUAACAAAUUUGAGCCCAACAACAGUCAUGGACGGUGAACCAAUUUUAUUAAAAUGUGUAGUAAUUGGACAACCCUGGCCAAAAAUUGACUGGUAUCACAACGGGAAGCUUCUUGAAGUUGCGAGAGACGUCACUAUUGGUAGACAAGAAUCAGGGUUAUGCCAAUUAUUUAUUAAGGAAGCAUUUCCAGAAAUGACCGGAAAUUAUGAAUGUGUAGCAACCAAUAAAUUUGGACAGUGUAUUAGUAACUGUAUAGUGAAUGUAGAAGCAUAUGAAUAUGUACCAAGUGCAUCUGAAGAGGAUAUAUUAAGUGAUGAGAAAACCAGCGACCUUGAAGAAUUUGCUCCUAAAAUUGUGAAGGCACUUCCCGCGGUCGUGAAAACCAAUGAAGGAGAAUUAACUAGGCUUGAAGCUAAGGCUAUUGGUAUUCCAAAGCCUCAAAUAAGGUGGUUAAAGCAAGGUGUAGAAAUAAAAGAAUCACAAGAAUAUCAAAUCGAAGAAUUGGACGAUGGCACUUCUAUUCUUAUAAUACCGGAAGUUUAUCAAGACGAUAUGGGUGAAAUCACAUUUGAGGCAUACAAUCCACUUGGUGUAUCUUCAACAGUAGCUGCAUUAUCUGUUGAAAGUCUUGUUGGAACCAAAGCAUAUAGAAAGCCUGAAUGGGUUUCUCAUAUGGAAGAAUUACAAGAGGCUUUAAAAGCAACACAGGCGGUCCCGUAUUUCGUGCGUAACUUAAUAUCAGAACGGGUUCUAGAUGGAGAAACGGUAACUUUUGAGGCCGUUUACAGUGGAAACCCAAAACCCGAAAUCAUUUGGUACAAAGACAACAAAGUCAUUAAAAGUAACAACUAUUUCCAAAUUGAAACUAAGGAUAAUAUAACAAUUUGUAAAAUUAAAAAAGCAUCGAAGAAGUUACAAGGCUGCUAUGAGUGUAAAGCUAUCAGUGAUAUUGGGAUGGCAAUAACAAAAGCUGAAUUACAAAUAUUUGAAGCAGAAGAAACGUUCGAGAAGGUUGAAAAGAAAAGAGUGAAAUCUUUGAAACAAGACGUUGUUGACGAAAAAACUGCUUUAACGUCUUCAGAAGAUGCUUCAAUAGCGAUAGUAGAAACUACGUUAGACGUAUUAGGAACAGCGCAACCUCUCAUAAAAGCUUCUGAAAAACGAAAACCGAACGUUUUGGUUAAUGAAAUGACCUCUGUAGAAACAGUAGACAUGGCUUCUUUUAAGAAAACUGAUCAAAAAUAUACAAUGUCAACCGCAGAGUUGGAGAAUAUUGAACCGAUUAUCACACCCAACCAGUAUUUGGUCUCUUCGCAGCAAGAAACCAAUGAAAUGGUUCAAACUUUUGAAAAAAUAACACAUGAAUUACACAAAGGUAUUGCUAGAAGGGAUUCCGAUUCACGGAUGGUUGCGGAGGUAAAUGAAUUAUUAGAAGUAAUAAAUGCUAAAGAAUUUGGUCCAGGGGAAUCUCCUUUACGAGAAUUAGCGACAAUUGGGUACCUUCUUAGAAAUGGUAUCACCGUGGAAGAAAUAGAAAAUCUGUAUGAUUCUGAACACUUUCCGUCUUUGCGGAUUCCGCAGUCACAAUCUGCGCUAGUACAGUUGGUAGAGAGGCAAGGACAUGGUGCCCUUAUAACAGAAGUGUUAACUGAAGAAACUGCUCAAACGGAAGAUAUUAUUGGAGCGAAGGUUGGCUUUAAAGCUUUUAUGAAAUUGGUGGAAAUGAAACAUACAUCAGUUGAAGAGGUAAUAGCACACCUUUACCCCGAAGAUUUUACUCCUCGUGCCUGGGAAGAAAAAGGAGCGCGCGAGAUCGUUGUUGAGUCUACACCUAAGGACGUAGCCCAAGUACAUUCAACUACAAUACACAAAGAUAAGACAACAACUUUAGAGCAAAAUAAAAAAGAUGAAAUCAAACAAGUAAAACGCAAAAAACACACUAGACAGACUGAAAUAUCUGUUGAAGAGUCCACUGGAAAAACAAAAAAAUCAAUGAGUAAAAAGUUUUCCCGAGAAGACACCGGUGACUUGGAAGAAGAAACAGUACACAGUAUGGAUACUGAACUUUUUAAGUCCAUUAAAACUGUACCCAUUGAUUUAUCUGAUAGUAGAAUUGAAGUAGUUUCAUCCAGCCAAGCAUUGAACAUAGUCCCAGAAGAAACAAAACAGAUACAAAAAGCUACUAUUAAGUUUGAUACAAACCAAUCGCUUAUAAGUGAUAUGCAACAUUCACAAGAACGUGAAGGACCAUUGCAAAUUGUUGAAAAAUCAGAAAUUCGUAUUAAAUCAUCUGUUAUUGAAGCUGAACCAUUACAAAUCAGUGAAACCAAUAUGCAAGACGCAGUUGAGGUAUGUAUCACUAAUAGUGAUAAUAAAGAAAGUAUUAAAAAUACUAUAAUAGUACAAUCAGAAAGUUUAGAAAUGGCAGAAGUUAUUCCAAAUAUAUCACUUGGUAAAAUUGACAAACAUAAACAAAAUGAGGAGAAAGCCAAAACUUCUCUUAUUUUAAAAGAUGCUAUUAAGGUUUCCGAGCAAUACGUUCCUGUAAAAGAAGACGUGUUAGAAGAACCUCAAAUAAAACAUACAGUUGCGGCGGUUACCGUUUCACCAUUGACAGGAAUAAAUAUAGAAGAAACCAUGUCGGAAUAUAAAGAACAUGAUUUUAUUUGUAAAGUUUCUGAUAAGGAAAUAACUCCUACACCUAAUUUUAAAUUGUUAAAAUCUAUUGAAGUAGGUGAAGUAUUUGUAGAGGAUAAAUCUGGAAAGUACUAUCCUGAACUGAUUGUACCUACCGAAAUGGCCAACGAAGAUGUUAUUGUUUCUAACGAAAUCUCUACAAUAAUACUGAAUCUUCAGGAAAAAGAAGGUUUAUUCGAUUCUCCCAAAGUUCCAGGUACCCAAGAAGCUAGAAUUAAUGUGGUAUAUAAAGAUAGCAUAGAAGUUGCGGCAAAUAUAUUACAUGAAAAAGAAGGGAUAGUUCCAAAGAAUGAAUGGCAUGCAAAAGCUCAGGUAGAUGGAGAUUUCCAGACCCAUCAAAGUCUAUGUAACUUUAUGCCGGAAACUCACAUCAAAGAAGCUGUACUUAGUCAAGACGAAUGCACGAAAAAGAAAGCAAAUAUAAGUUUUAAUGAACAUCAGCAUACAUUUAACUUUGAGGCACAAAUACAUGAAACGGAACAUAAUUUAAAACAAGACAGUGCUGUUGAUAAGGAGUAUGCGCAUAUUCAGGUAGGCACAUUAGAUAAAAAUCUAACUGAAGAAAUUCAAAUUCAUGAACGAGAAAACAAACUACAUUUAAGGGAUGAAAAAACAUCGGUUACAGCAAAUAUUGAUAUGAAUUUAGCUGAACCAAUUAUUAUGUCUGAAACAAUUGAAAUAACCUCAAUGAAAGAUCUUGUUCCUUCAGAAAAUAAAAUUAAUGAAAGUGCAAUUGAAACGUUGAUAACGCAAAAAGAAAAAACAAUUUCUUCUACUUUCAUUCAUGACCAAGGAGUUGAAGAGAUGUAUGCUUAUACAAAACCUGAAAAUGCGGGUGUAUCCUUGUCUCCCAAUACUUCUUUAUCCAUAAGUGAAACGGAAAUUGCUGAUUCAGCUGGAAAAUUGCACAUUAAAAGAAGCCCCGAUUUAUUACAUGCAAAUCCAACACUGACUCAUAAUUUGAAAUCGCCAUUAUCUGAGAUAGUCACUACAGUCAAUCAAGUUAAAAGCCUUGAUUAUUUACAAGAAAAGCAAGAUACCGCAGAAAAAAAUAGAGAUGUAUACAAUGAGCUACAUAUUUCACAGGCUGUAGUAGAAGAGCAAACACAAGACUUUGUUGCUAUUAAAAUUCCUAAGACUGAAGCUAAAAGUAGUUUAACUGAAAACGAAGGGGUAUUAAUAAGUGAAACAGUAGCAAAUUCGGAAUUCGAACCCUUUAAAGUUGAUACAGUUUCAAAUAAAAAUGCAGUUGUAACACUAGAUGUCAAUCAAAAAGUGCCAAUUACUUCUGAAGUAAGUGCGCGAGAUAUUUUAGAUACCUUGACUAUAAUAAAACCACAAACAGAAGAUGUAAAUAUAAAAUCUAAUAACUUAAAAUCCCUAACGAUAUCUGAAAAUGCACCUUUAGAUAGUCAAGGCAUUUUAGAGGAAUAUUUAAAACCAGAUCAAAAGUCUAUUAUAGCGGACGUAAUUUUAAUAAAUGAUACUAUUCAAGUAGUUGAAACUAUAGGAGGUGAGAAAGAAGACGAAUAUAAAAUUGGUGAUUCCCCUAAAACUUGCAUGGCUUCGACAGAUAUACUUAGUCAUCCCGUGGCAAUUUCUUUAGAGCAUGAAUUAACAGAUUCUACUGCAACUUUCACGAGUGAAGAGACUUCGCAUCCUUCAUAUAGAAACGCUUCACUUUAUAAUAUAUUACAGACGGAAUUGUCUGUUACUGCCACUGUUUGUAAUGAAAAAGAAAGUGACCUUAUUAGUAAAACGCUUAAUUUAACUAAAGCUAUACCAAAUUUGCCAGAAAAUGAAGCUAUUCUUAUCGAGGAAAGUAAUUCUGAAGUUGUACCUGAAUCUUUUAAUAUACAGAAAACACUUACUGUCAAAGCAAAUCCCGAUUCUGUAAUAAACGAGGCGUUAACACAACAAGAAAUUUUAGUAAAUACACUGGAAGGGUCAUUUAGUAACGAACUUAGUAAAACAGUGAAACCUAUUGUAAGUAUUAAUGCUUUUAAAGUGCCAGCAUAUGACCAAAAUAUAGUUAUAGAAAAUGAAAAUGUACUUUUGAAACCACAUAUCCCUGAUGAACAUAAGGCAGCUGUAUUGUUUAAUCAGCAUCAUGAGGUUGUUACUUCUGAAAUACUAUCACAAACGGACAAUUUAAAAGAUUCUGAUGAUUUUCAUAUUCCUAAAACAAAAGCUAUCGAGAAAGUAGAUAUAUAUGGAAAGAUAGCUAAAACUGAAGAAAUUAUGAUAAGUCAAACACCUGAAGAGUUCUCAAAAAGUAAAUUUGUAUUACAACGCCCUACUUUAACCUCUGUGUCUGCAUAUUCUUUACAAAACACACAAACGAUAGCGGCUGAUAGUGAGGUAUCUAUUACAAAUAAAAAAUUUGUUGAAAGUGUUGCAACCUCACAUAUUACUCAGAUUGAAGCUUUGAUAACUAGUUCUGCAAAUAUAAUCGAAGAAGAAGUUAAAUUCGAAGGUAAACCACCUGAACUUCUUAGUCAAGAAGCGAAUGUUGGUUUUGUUCCAUUAUGUGGAACUGUUAAUACUGAAGUAGUGUCUUCAGACAUGAUGGAUAAGUUAACCGAAAAACUGCCAAUUUCAAGUAUAGCUUCCCUAAAACAAGACGAACAUUGUCAAUAUUUACAAGGUUUGGAAGUUUUUCCAGUCCUCAAAGAAGAAGAACUUGUACUUAAUAAAAAUAUUGUUCCACAAGAUAUUAAAACAAGUCUUGUAGAGUCUGCUGCAAAAGAAAUUACGGAGGUAAAAACAAAUGAAAAAGAAAAUAUAAUAUCAAGUAACGAAAACACUGACGUAUUCAAAAAGAAAGCAAUUAUAUCUGUGAAACCCCAACAAUCUUUAAUUAAUGAAGAAGUAAUUACCCAAGAUAACAGUAAAGACCUAUAUGUUCCAGAAAAAACAAAAGAAUGUGCUGUGCCUACACAAGACUUGCAACAAGCUGUAGAAAAGUUGGAACCCUUUAUCAUAGAAUCAGAAAAUAUAUACCAAUCGGUUGAAACUAGUGCUAAGAAAACAAAGCCAGAAGUUGAGGAGCAAAAGUCACUAAAUGUAACUGAAGCUAUCUCGACAGAGUCAAGUUCUAUUCUCAAGAAUAUUGAAUUGCCACGGCAGGAAACUUGCCAACCGUUGGAAUUAGUUGUCAAUACCGAAUUAAAAAUCAAUGAAACAAUGCAUAAUGAACGGGAAGAGGUUUUAUUUACUAAUGAAAAUUUAAAAACAAACGUUGCUAGUAUUGAUGUCCAGCCACAUCAGAGCCUAAGAGUAAAUCAGCAAAUUGUAGCAGAAAAAGAAGAUUCACUAAGUUUGAAUCAAUUGCCAGGAACCAUAGUAAAUACUAUUACUGUAAGACCACAUAAACAUCUAAAUAUAGACAUAUGUGAUAUAUCAGAGUCAGAAAAAAACAUUCCUAAAAUAGAGCCUGCUAAAGAAAUUCAAAGUGAUGUUAGUAUAGAAACUUUUAAACCAAUAACAGUUUCUAACAUUGACACCCAAGAACAACAUGAAUAUUUCAAAGUUACUGAUUCUUCUAAGUUAAAAAAUGCUGACAUUAAAUUAGAUGUUGAUGAACACCUUAAUGUUACUGAAAUUGUUCCUACAGAGCAAGAAUCUUUUCUCAGAGAAAAAAUAUUGGAAAGGGGCAAUCAAUUGUCUUUAAACAUAGAAAUGUCAAAGCAUGUAAUAGUAUCUGAAACAAAGACGAUAGAAGCUGAAGAUAAUGAUCUAAAUAUUAUACAUCAACCUCAGCAAACGGUGACGUCUACUUACGAAACAUCGUCUCCAAUUGAGGUUCAAGAAGUUGAAGUUAAACAAUCAGAACAAAGUAUGAAUGCGUCAAACAUAAGACACUUGGUUAAACCUAAUUUAAUAUUGGAUUGUCAACAACAUGUAAUAGUAAGUGAUGUAUGUGCCAAGGAGAAGGAACAAAUUUUGAAAAUUGAAACGAUGCCAAGUAAUGAAAAUCAAUCAGUAAAUUUUGUUACGUCUUCUUACCUUACCAGCACACAAAAUAUUCCUCUAGAGGUUUCUUCCAAAAUUAUUUCCAAGGACUUUAAUAAUAUUGAACAUGCUAAUUUGACGCACUCCUUUUCUCAAAGUAUUCACGCUGAGCAACCCAAUGUAAUUAAUUCUCUUGUAGACAUUGUUACGGCGGAAGUACCUGAGAAAAUUGUUGUUAAAGAAACGUUUGUGAGCUCAAAUACAAUACAGCAAUCUGACAUUAUCACACAAGAAGAUUUUGUAGAGUUACCAAAUUAUACUCAAACAUGCGUUAACGCCAGACCUACUCAGGUUUUUGAAAAAAAUAUACCAGAAACAAUAUUAUCACAAGUGAUGGAAAAUACCGAAAUUUUAGGUCAAAUGGCAUCGGCUUCGAAAAAUUUAGCCCAGUGUCUAGUAGAACCUUUAAAUAAUAUUCUGACAGAAGAACGAACUUCUCAUGAAAUGCCGCAAGAAAUAAUUUCACAGAAAUAUGAAGAAACAAAAGCUGAUAAGAAUUACGUUGAGUUGCAAUCAGUUCAAAAAACCGAAGUAAUUGCAUCUGAGAAGACUCUUAACUUCAAUGAAACAAAAGAGGAAAUAGAUCAAAAGGCAGACCAGAGUAAUGAAUAUCAAAAACACGUAGAAAUUUUCAAGCCGCAACUAUUGGAAACUGCAACUUCUUUGUUAACACCGAAUCAACAUAUUCCAACAAAUGCUUCUAUUGACUUGGAAGCUCACACAACUUAUGUCACAAAAGAAAUCACAUGCCAGGACGCUCCUAUAAAACUAGAAGUUGAUCAAAAAUAUUCAACGACAGCUAAAAAACAACUAUUAGGAAUUACUCCUUUGGAGCAAAUAGAAACUUUUUGUCAAGAACAUGCAAAUGAUAUCCAAACGGAAGAUACCUAUCAACGAAAUAUCUUGGAAGCCAAGCCUUUAGAGAUAUCACCCAUCCAGCAGAUGGAUGUUAUAAUCCACGAGAGUGAAAUAAAUACUGACUUUGGGAAAUUGCCUCGAAUGGAUACAGCUUCUGUAAUCAUAAAGUCAGCAGAAGAAGUUCAGACUGAAACUGGUGAAACGCGAACCGUCAAAACCAAAAAACGCCGAGUCAAGGGUAAGGAUGGCGCCGUUGAAGAAAUACACGAAAUCACAGAAACUACAGAGUUGCCCGAGACGUCGGUGGAAGUGGUUGAAGUCCCGGAAGAGACAACCGUCGAAGAAAUCGAUACACCCGAGGGUAAGAUGACUAUCAAAACUAUCAAGAAACGCACGAAGAAGACAAAACAUAUUCGAACGCCACAGGACAUAACAGAUGAAACUGUCACUGACGAAAUACUUCCACUAACAGACAAACAAGUAUCGCCGGAGCAAGCAACCCUUAUCAAAGAAUCUCCCGACACAGUCCAAAUAACAGAAGUUCAGACUGAAACUGGUGAAACACGAACCGUCAAAACCAAGAAACGCCGAGUCAAGGGUAAGGAUGGCGCGGUUGAAGAAAUACACGAAAUCACAGAAACAACUGAGUUGCCCGACACUUCGGUAGAAGUGUUUGAAGUUCCGGAAGAGACAACCGUCGAAGAAAUCGAUACACCCGAGGGUAAGAUGACUAUCAAAACUAUCAAAAAACGCACAAAGAAGACAAAACACAUUCGAACGCCACAGGACAUAACAGAUGACACUGUUACUGACGAAACACUUCCACUAACAGACAAACAAGAAUCGCUGGAGCAAGCAACCCUUAUCGAAGAAUCUCCCGACACAGUUCAAAUUACAGAAGUUAAGACUGAAACUGGUGAAACACGAACCGUCAAAACCAAGAAACGCCGAGUCAAGGGUAAGGAUGGCGCUGUAGAAGAAGUACACGAAAUCACAGAAACUACUGAGUUGCCCGAUACGUCGGUAGAAGUGGUUGAAGCUCCGGAAGAGACAACCGUCGAAGAAAUCGAUACACCUGAGGACAAACAAGUGUCGCCGGAGCAAGCAACCCUUAUCGAAGAAUCUCCCGACACAGUUCAAUUUACAGAAGUUCAGACUGAAACUGGUGAAACACGAACCGUCAAAACCAAGAAACGCCGAGUCAAGGGUAAGGAUGGCGCUGUAGAAGAAGUACACGAAAUCACCGAAACAACUGAGUUGCCCGAUACUUCGGUAGAAGUGGUUCAAGUUCCGGAAGAGACAACCGUCGAAGAAAUCGAUACACCCGAGGGUAAAAUGACUAUCAAAACGAUCAAGAAACGCACAAAGAAGACAAAACACAUUCGAACGCCACAGGAUGUAACAGAUGACACUGUUACUGACGAAACACUUCCACUAACAGACAAACAAGUAUCGCCGGAGCAAGCAACCAUUAUCGAAGAAUCUCCCGACACAGUUAAAAUAACAGAAGUUCAGACUGAAACUGGUGAAAAACGAAUCGUCAAAACCAAGAAACGCCGAGUAAAGGGUAAAGAUGGCGCUGUAGAAGAAGUACACGAAAUCACAGAAACUAUUGAGUUUCCGGAUACGUCGGUAGAAGUGGUUGAAGUCCCGGAAGAGACAACCGUCGAAGAAAUCGAUACACCCGAGGGUAAGAUGACUAUAAAAACUAUCAAGAAACGCACGAAGAAGACAAAACACAUUCGAACGCCACAGGACAUAACAGAUGAAACUGUCACUGACGAAAUACUUCCACUAACAGACAAACAAGUAUCGCCGGAGCAAGCAACCCUUACCAAAGAAUCCCCCGACACAGUCCAAAUAACAGAAGUUCAGACUGAAACUGGUGAAACACGAACCGUCAAAACCAAGAAACGCCGAGUAAAGGGUAAGGAUGACGCUGUAGAAGAAGAACACGAAAUCACAGAAACUACUGAGUUGCCCGAUACGUCGGUAGAAGUGGUUGAAGUUCCGGAAGAGACAACCGUCGAAGAAAUCGAUACACCUGAAGACAAACAAGUAUCGCCGGAGCAAGCAACCAUUAUCGAAGAAUCUCCCGACACAGUCCAAAUAACAGGAUUUCAGACUGAAACUGGUGAAACACGAACCGUCAAAACCAAGAAACGCCGAGUCAAGGGUAAGGAUGGCGCCGUUCAAGAAAUACACGAAAUCACAGAAACAACUGAGUUGCCCGACACUUCGGUAGAAGUGGUUGAAGUUCCGGAAGAGACAACCGUCGAAGAAAUCGAUACACCCGAGGGUAAGAUGACUAUCAAAACUAUCAAAAAACGCACAAAGAAGACAAAACACAUUCGAACGCCACAGGACAUAACAGAUGACACUGUUACUGACGAAACACUUCCACUGACAGACAAACAAGAAUCGCUGGAGCAAGCAACCCUUAUCGAAGAAUCUCCCGACACAGUUCAAAUUACAGAAGUUCAGACUGAAACUGGUGAAAAACGAAUCGUCAAAACCAAGAAACGCCGAGUAAAGGGUAAGGAUGGCGCUGUAGAAGAAGUACACGAAAUCACAGAAACUAUUGAGUUUCCUGAUACGUCGGUAGAAGUGGUUGAAGUUCCGGAAGAGACAACCGUCGAAGAAAUCGAUACACCUGAGGACAAACAAGUAUCGCCGGAGCAAGCAACCAUUAUCGAAGAAUCUCCCGACACAGUCCAAAAAACAGAAUUUCAGACUGAAACUGGUGAAACACGAACCGUCAAAACCAAGAAACGCCGAGUCAAGGGUAAGGAUGGCGCGGUUGAAGAAAUACACGAAAUCACAGAAACAACUGAGUUGCCAGACACUUCGGUAGAAGUGGUUGAAGUUCCGGAAGAGACAACCGUCGAAGAAAUCGAUACACCCGAGGGUAAGAUGACUAUCAAAACUAUCAAAAAACGCACAAAGAAGACAAAACACAUUCGAACGCCACAGGACAUAACAGAUGACACUGUUACUGACGAAACACUUCCACUAACAGACAAACAAGAAUCGCUGGAGCAAGCAACCCUUAUCGAAGAAUCUCCCGACACAGUUCAAAUUACAGAAGUUCAGACUGAAACUGGUGAAAAACGAAUCGUCAAAACCAAGAAACGCCGAGUCAAGGGUAAGGAUGGCGCUGUUGAAGAAAUUCACGAAAUCACAGAAACAACUGAGUUGCCCGACACUUCGCUAGAAGUGGUUCAAGUUCCGGAAGAGACAACCGUCGAAGAAAUCGAUACACCUGAGGACGAACAAGUAUCGCCGGAGAAAGCAACCCUUAUCGAAGAAUCUCCCGACACGAUCCAAAUUACAGAAGUUCAGACUGAAACUGGUGAAACGCGAACCGUCAAAACCAAAAAACGCCGAGUCAAGGGUAAGGAUGGCGCCGUUGAAGAAAUACACGAAAUCACAGAAACUACUGAGUUGCCCGACACGUCGGUAGAAGUUGUUGAAGUUCCGGAAGAGACAACCGUCGAAGAAAUCGUUACACCUGAGGGUAAGUUGACUAUCAAAACUAUCAAAAAACGCACAAAGAAGACAAAACACAUUCGAACGCCACAGGAUGUAACAGAUGACACUGUCACUGACGAAACACUUCCACUAACAGACAAACAAGUAUCGCCGGAGAAAGCAACCCUUAUCGAAGAAUCUCCCGACACGAUCCAAAUUACAGAAGUUCAGACUGAAACUGGUGAAACGCGAACCGUCAAAACCAAAAAACGCCGAGUCAAGGGUAAGGAUGGCGCCGUUGAAGAAAUACACGAAAUCACAGAAACUACUGAGUUGCCCGACACGUCGGUAGAAGUGGUUGAAGUUCCGGAAGAGACAACCGUCGAAGAAAUCGAUACACCUGAGGGUAAGUUGACUAUAAAAACUAUCAAAAAACGCAAAAAGAAGACAAAAUACAUUCAAACGCCACAGGACAUAACAGAUGACACUGUCACUGACGAAACACUUCCACUAACAGACAAACAAGUAUCGCCGGAGCAAGCAACCAUUAUCGAAGAAUCUCCCGACAUAGUCCAAAUAACAGAAGUUCAGACUGAAACUGGUGAAACACGAACCGUCAAAACCAAGAAACGCCGAGUCAAGGGUAAGGAUGGCGCUGUAGAAGAAGUACACGAAAUCACCGAAACUACUGAGUUGCCUGACACGUCGGUAGAAGUGGUUGAAGUUCCGGAAGAGACAACCGUCGAAGAAAUCGAUACACCUGAGGGUAAGUUGACUAUCAAAACUAUCAAAAAACGCACAAAGAAGACAAAACACAUUCGAACGCCACAGGACAUAACAGAUGACACUGUCACUGAUGAAACAAUUCCACUACUAGACAAACAAGUAUCGCCGGAGCAAGCAACCCUUAUCGAAGAAUCUCCCGACACAGUCCAAAUUACAGAAGUUCAGACUGAAACUGGUGAAACACGAACCGUCAAAACCAAAAAACGCCGAGUCAAGGGUAAGGAUGGCGCCGUUGAAGAAAUACACGAAAUCACAGAAACUACUGAGUUGCCCGACACGUCGGUAGAAGUUGUUGAAGUUCCGGAAGAGACAACCGUCGAAGAAAUCGUUACACCUGAGGGUAAGUUGACUAUCAAAACUAUCAAAAAACGCACAAAGAAGACAAAACACAUUCGAACGCCACAGGAUGUAACAGAUGACACUGUCACUGACGAAACACUUCCACUAACAGACGAACAAGUAUCGCCGGAGAAAGCAACCCUUAUCGAAGAAUCUCCCGACACGAUCCAAAUUACAGAAGUUCAGACUGAAACUGGUGAAACGCGAACCGUCAAAACCAAAAAACGCCGAGUCAAGGGUAAGGAUGGCGCCGUUGAAGAAAUACACGAAAUCACAGAAACUACUGAGUUGCCCGACACGUCGGUAGAAGUUGUUGAAGUUCCGGAAGAGACAACCGUCGAAGAAAUCGUUACACCUGAGGGUAAGUUGACUAUCAAAACUAUCAAAAAACGCACAAAGAAGACAAAACACAUUCGAACGCCACAGGAUGUAACAGAUGACACUGUCACUGACGAAACACUUCCACUAACAGACAAACAAGUAUCGCCGGAGAAAGCAACCCUUAUCGAAGAAUCUCCCGACACGAUCCAAAUUACAGAAGUUCAGACUGAAACUGGUGAAACGCGAACCGUCAAAACCAAAAAACGCCGAGUCAAGGGUAAGGAUGGCGCCGUUGAAGAAAUACACGAAAUCACAGAAACUACUGAGUUGCCCGACACGUCGGUAGAAGUGGUUGAAGUUCCGGAAGAGACAACCGUCGAAGAAAUCGUUACACCUGAGGGUAAGUUGACUAUCAAAACUAUCAAAAAACGCACAAAGAAGACAAAACACAUUCGAACGCCACAGGAUGUAACAGAUGACACUGUCACUGACGAAACACUUCCACUAACAGAGAAACAAGUAUCGCCGGAGAAAGCAACCCUUAUCGAAGAAUCUCCCGACACGAUCCAAAUUACAGAAGUUCAGACUGAAACUGGUGAAACGCGAACCGUCAAAACCAAAAAACGCCGAGUCAAGGGUAAGGAUGGCGCCGUUGAAGAAAUACACGAAAUCACAGAAACUACUGAGUUGCCCGACACGUCGGUAGAAGUGGUUGAAGUUCCGGAAGAGACAACCGUCGAAGAAAUCGAUACACCUGAGGGUAAGUUGACUAUAAAAACUAUCAAAAAACGCAAAAAGAAGACAAAAUACAUUCAAACGCCACAGGACAUAACAGAUGACACUGUCACUGACGAAACACUUCCACUAACAGACAAACAAGUAUCGCCGGAGCAAGCAACCAUUAUCGAAGAAUCUCCCGACAUAGUCCAAAUAACAGAAGUUCAGACUGAAACUGGUGAAACACGAACCGUCAAAACCAAGAAACGCCGAGUCAAGGGUAAGGAUGGCGCUGUAGAAGAAGUACACGAAAUCACCGAAACUACUGAGUUGCCUGACACGUCGGUAGAAGUGGUUGAAGUUCCGGAAGAGACAACCGUCGAAGAAAUCGAUACACCUGAGGGUAAGUUGACUAUCAAAACUAUCAAAAAACGCACAAAGAAGACAAAACACAUUCGAACGCCACAGGACAUAACAGAUGACACUGUCACUGAUGAAACAAUUCCACUACUAGACAAACAAGUAUCGCCGGAGCAAGCAACCCUUAUCGAAGAAUCUCCCGACACAGUCCAAAUUACAGAAGUUCAGACUGAAACUGGUGAAACACGAACCGUCAAAACCAAAAAACGCCGAGUCAAGGGUAAGGAUGGCGCCGUUGAAGAAAUACACGAAAUCACAGAAACUACUGAGUUGCCCGACACGUCGGUAGAAGUUGUUGAAGUUCCGGAAGAGACAACCGUCGAAGAAAUCGUUACACCUGAGGAAGUUCAGACUGAAACUGGUGAAACGCGAACCGUCAAAACCAAAAAACGCCGAGUCAAGGGUAAGGAUGGCGCCGUUGAAGAAAUACACGAAAUCACAGAAACUACUGAGUUGCCCGACACGUCGGUAGAAGUGGUUGAAGUUCCGGAAGAGACAACCGUCGAAGAAAUCGAUACACCUGAGGACAAACAACUAUCGCCGGAGCAAGCAACCCUUAUCGAAGAAUCUCCCGACACAGUCCAAAUUACAGAAGUUCAGACUGAAACUGGUGAAACACGAACCGUCAAAACCAAAAAACGCCGAGUCAAGGGUAAGGAUGGCGCUGUUGAAGAAAUUCACGAAAUCACAGAAACUACUGAGUUGCCCGACACGUCGGUAGAAGUGGUUGAAGUUCCGGAAGAGACAACCGUCGAAGAAAUCGAUACACCUGAGGGUAAGUUGACUAUAAAAACUAUCAAAAAACGCACAAAGAAGACAAAACACAUUCGAACGCCACAGGACAUAACAGAUGACACUGUCACUGACGAAACACUUCCACUAACAGACAAACAAGUAUCGCCGGAGAAAGCAACGCUUAUCGAAGAAUCUCCCGACACAGUCCAAAUAACAGAAGUUCAGACUGAAACUGGUGAAACACGAACCGUCAAAACAAAGAAACGCCGAAUCAAGGGUAAGGAUGGCGCUGUUGAAGAAGUACACGAAAUCACCGAAACUACUGAGUUGCCCAAUACGUCGGUAGAAGUGGUUGAAGUUCCGGAAGAGACAACCGUCGAAGAAAUCGAUACACCUGAGGGUAAGUUGACUAUCAAAACUAUCAAAAAACGCACAAAGAAGACAAAACACAUUCGAACGCCACAGGACAUAACAGAUGACACUGUCACUGAUGAAACAAUUCCACUACUAGACAAACAAGUAUCGCCGGAGCAAGCAACCCUUAUCGAAGAAUCUCCCGACACAGUCCAAAUUACAGAAGUUCAGACUGAAACUGGUGAAACACGAACCGUCAAAACCAAAAAACGCCGAAUCAAGGGUAAGGAUGGCGCUGUUGAAGAAGUACACGAAAUCACCGAAACUACUGAGUUGCCCGACACGUCGGUAGAAGUGGUUGAAGUUCCGGAAGAGGCAACCGUCGAAGAAAUCGAUACACCUGAGGGUAAGUUGACUAUCAAAACUAUCAAAAAACGCACAAAGAAGACAAAACACAUUCGAACGCCACAGGACAUAACAGAUGACACUGUCACUGAUGAAACAAUUCCACUACUAGACAAACAAGUAUCGCCGGAGCAAGCAACCCUUAUCGAAGAAUCUCCCGACACAGUCCAAAUUACAGAAGUUCAGACUGAAACUGGUGAAACACGAACCGUCAAAACCAAAAAACGCCGAGUCAAGGGUAAGGAUGGCGCUGUUGAAGAAAUUCACGAAAUCACAGAAACUACUGAGUUGCCCGACACGUCGGUAGAAGUGUUUGAAGUUCCGGAAGAGACAACCGUCGAAGAAAUCGAUACACCUGAGGGUAAGUUGACUAUAAAAACUAUCAAAAAACGCACAAAGAAGACAAAACACAUUCGAACGCCACAGGACAUAACAGAUGACACUGUCACUGACGAAACACUUCCACUAACAGACAAACAAGUAUCGCCGGAGAAAGCAACGCUUAUCGAAGAAUCUCCCGACACAGUCCAAAUAACAGAAGUUCAGACUGAAACUGGUGAAACACGAACCGUCAAAACAAAGAAACGCCGAAUCAAGGGUAAGGAUGGCGCUGUUGAAGAAGUACACGAAAUCACCGAAACUACUGAGUUGCCCGAUACGUCGGUAGAAGUGGUUGAAGUUCCGGAAGAGACAACCGUCGAAGAAAUCGAUACACCUGAGGGUAAGUUGACUAUCAAAACUAUCAAAAAACGCACAAAGAAGACAAAACACAUUCGAACGCCACAGGACAUAACAGAUGACACUGUCACUGAUGAAACAAUUCCACUACUAGACAAACAAGUAUCGCCGGAGCAAGCAACCCUUAUCGAAGAAUCUCCCGACACAGUCCAAAUUACAGAAGUUCAGACUGAAACUGGUGAAACACGAACCGUCAAAACCAAAAAACGCCGAGUCAAGGGUAAGGAUGGCGCUGUUGAAGAAAUUCACGAAAUCACAGAAACUACUGAGUUGCCCGACACGUCGGUAGAAGUGGUUGAAGUUCCGGAAGAGACAACCGUCGAAGAAAUCGAUACACCUGAGGGUAAGUUGACUAUCAAAACUAUCAAAAAACGCACAAAGAAGACAAAACACAUUCGAACGCCACAGGACAUAACAGAUGACACUGUCACUGACGAAACACUUCCACUAACAGACAAACAAGUAUCGCCGGAGAAAGCAACGCUUAUCGAAGAAUCUCCCGACACAGUCCAAAUAACAGAAGUUCAGACUGAAACUGGUGAAACACGAACCGUCAAAACCAAAAAACGCCGAGUCAAGGAUAAGGAUGGCGCUGUUGAAGAAAUUCACGAAAUCACAGAAACUACUGAGUUGCCCGACACGUCGGUAGAAGUGGUUGAAGUUCCGGAAGAGACAACCGUCGAAGAAAUCGAUACACCCGAGGAUAAACAAGUAUCGCCGGAGCAAGCAACCCUUAUCAAAGAAUCUCCCGACACAGUCCAAAUUACAGAAGUUCAGACUGAAACUGGUGAAACGCGAACCGUCAAAACAAAGAAACGCCGAAUCAAGGGGAAGGAUGGCGCUGUUGAAGAAGUACACGAAAUCACGGAAACUACUGAGUUGCCCGAGACGUCAGUAGAAGUUGUUGAAGUUCCGGAAGAGACAACCGUCGAAGAAAUCGAUACACCUGAGGGUAAGUUGACUAUAAAAACUAUCAAAAAACGCACAAAGAAGACAAAACACAUUCGAACGCCACAGGACAUAACAGAUGACACUGUCACUGACGAAACACUUCCACUAACAGACAAACAAGUAUCGCCGGAGAAAGCAACGCUUAUCGAAGAAUCUCCCGACACAGUCCAAAUAACAGAAGUUCAGACUGAAACUGGUGAAACACGAACCGUCAAAACCAAAAAACGCCGAGUCAAGGAUAAGGAUGGCGCUGUUGAAGAAAUUUACGAAAUCACAGAAACUACUGAGUUGCCCGACACGUCGGUAGAAGUGGUUGAAGUUCCGGAAGAGACAACCGUCGAAGAAAUCGAUACACCCGAGGGUAAGAUGACUAUCAAAACUAUCAAGAAACGCACGAAGAAGACAAAACACAUUCGAACGCCACAGGACAUAACCGAUGACACUGUCACUGACGAAACACUUCCACUAACAGACAAACAAGUAUCGCCGGAGAAAGCAACGCUUAUCGAAGAAUCUCCCGACACAGUCCAAAUAACAGAAGUUCAGACUGAAACUGGUGAAACACGAACCGUCAAAACCAAAAAACGCCGAGUCAAGGAUAAGGAUGGCGCUGUUGAAGAAAUUUACGAAAUCACAGAAACUACUGAGUUGCCCGACACGUCGGUAGAAGUGGUUGAAGUUCCGGAAGAGACAACCGUCGAAGAAAUCGAUACACCCGAGGGUAAGUUGACUAUAAAAACUAUCAAGAAACGCACAAAAAAGACAAAACACAUUCGAACGCCACAGGACAUAACAGAUGAAACUAUCACUGACGAAACACUUCCACUAACGGACAAACAAGUAUCGCCGGAGCAAGCAUCCCUUAUCGAAGAAUCUCCCGACACAGUUCAAAUAACAGAAGUUCAGACUGAAACUGGUGAAACACGAACCGUCAAAACCAAAAAACGCCGAGUCAAGGGUAAGGAUGGCGCUGUUGAAGAAAUUCACGAAAUCACAGAAACUACUGAGUUGCCCGACACGUCGGUAGAAGUGGUUGAAGUUCCGGAACAGACAACCGUCGAAGAAAUCGAUACACCCGAGGACAAACAAGAAUCGCCGGAGCAAGCAACCCUUAUCGAAGAAUCUCCCGACACAGUCCAAAUCUCUGAGGUUCAGACAGAAUCUGGUGAAACAAGAACCGUCAAAACAAAGAAACGCCGAAUCAAGGGUAAGGAUGGCGCUGUUGAAGAAGUACACGAAAUCACCGAAACUACUGAGUUGCCCGAGACGUCGGUAGAAGUGGUUGAAGUUCCGGAAGAGACAACCGUCGAAGAAAUCGAUACACCCGAGGGUAAGUUGACUAUAAAAACUAUCAAGAAACGCACAAAAAAGACAAAACACAUUCGAACGCCACAGGACAUAACAGAUGAAACUAUCACUGACGAAACACUUCCACUAACGGACAAACAAGUAUCGCCGGAGCAAGCAUCCCUUAUCGAAGAAUCUCCCGACACAGUUCAAAUAACAGAAGUUCAGACUGAAACUGGUGAAACACGAACCGUCAAAACCAAAAAACGCCGAGUCAAGGGUAAGGAUGGCGCUGUUGAAGAAAUUCACGAAAUCACAGAAACUACUGAGUUGCCCGACACGUCGGUAGAAGUGGUUGAAGUUCCGGAAGAGACAACCGUCGAAGAAAUCGAUACACCCGAGGACAAACAAGAAUCGCCGGAGCAAGCAACCCUUAUCGAAGAAUCUCCCGACACAGUCCAAAUCUCUGAGGUUCAGACAGAAUCUGGUGAAACAAGAACCGUCAAAACAAAGAAACGCCGAAUCAAGGGUAAGGAUGGCGCUGUUGAAGAAGUACACGAAAUCACCGAAACUACUGAGUUGCCCGAUACGUCGGUAGAAGUGGUUGAAGUUCCGGUAGAGACAACCGUCGAAGAAAUCGAUACACCUGAGGACAAACAAGUAUCGCCAGAGCAAGCAACCCUUAUCGAAGAAUCUCCCGACACAGUCCAAAUUACAGAAGUUCAGACUGAAACUGGUGAAACACGAACCGUCAAAACAAAGAAACGCCGAAUCAAGGGUAAGGAUGGCGCCGUUGAAGAAAUACACGAAAUUACAGAAAUAACUGAGUUGCCCGAUACGUCGGUAGAAGUGGUUGAAGUUCCGGAAGAGACAACCGUCGAAGAAAUCGAUACACCUGAGGGUAAGUUGACUAUCAAAACUAUCAAGAAACGCACAAAGAAGACAAAACACAUACACACCCCACAGGACAUAACAGAUGACACUGUCACUGACGAAGCACUUCCACUCACAGACAAACAAGAAUCGCCGGAGCAAGCAACCGUUAUCGAAGAAUCUCCUGACACAGUCCAAAUCUCGGAGGUUCAGACUGAAACAGGUGAAACGCGAACCGUCAAAACAAAGAAACGCCGAAUCAAGGGUAAGGAUGGCGCCGUUGAAGAAAUACACGAAAUUACAGAAACUACUGAGUUGCCCGAUACGUCGGUAGAAGUGGUUGAAGUUCCGGAAGAGACAACCGUCGAAGAAAUCGAUACACCUGAGGGUAAGUUGACUAUAAAAACUAUCAAGAAACGCACAAAGAAGACAAAACACAUACACACCCCACAGGACAUAACAGAUGACACUGUCACUGACGAAACACUUCCACUCACAGACAAACAAGAAUCGCCGGAGCAAGCAACCCUUAUCGAAGAAUCUCCCGACACAGUCCAAAUCUCUGAGGUUCAGACAGAAUCUGGUGAAACAAGAACCGUCAAAACAAAGAAACGCCGAAUCAAGGGUAAGGAUGGCGCUGUUGAAGAAGUACACGAAAUCACGGAAACAACUGAGUUGCCCGAUACGUCGGUAGAAGUGGUUGAAGUUCCGGAAGAGACAACCGUCGAAGAAAUCGAUACACCUGAGGGUAAGUUGACUAUCAAAACUAUCAAGAAACGCACAAAGAAGACAAAACACAUACACACCCCACAGGACAUAACAGAUGACACUGUCACUGACGAAGCACUUCCACUCACAGACAAACAAGAAUCGCCGGAGCAAGCAACCCUUAUCGAAGAAUCUCCCGACACAGUCCAAAUCUCGGAGGUUCAGACUGAAACAGGUGAAACGCGAACCGUCAAAACAAAGAAACGCCGAAUCAAGGGUAAGGAUGGCGCUGUUGAAGAAGUACACGAAAUCACAGAAACAACUGAGUUGCCCGAUACGUCGGUAGAAGUGGUUGAAGUUCCGGAAGAGACAACCGUCGAAGAAAUCGAUACACCUGAGGGUAAGUUGACUAUCAAAACUAUCAAGAAACGUACGAAGAAGACAAAACACAUACACACCCCACAGGACAUAACAGAUGACACUGUCACUGACGAAGCACUUCCACUCACAGACAAACAAGAAUCGCCGGAGCAAGCAACCGUUAUCGAUGAAUCACCCGACACAGUCCAAAUCUCGGAGGUUCAGACUGAAACAGGUGAAACGCGAACCGUCAAAACAAAGAAACGCCGAAUCAAGGGUAAGGAUGGUGCUGUUGAAGAAGUACACGAAAUCACCGAAACUACUGAGUUGCCCGAGACGUCGGUGGAAGUGGUUGAAGUUCCGGAAGAGACAACCGUCGAAGAAAUCGAUACACCUGAGGACAAACAAGUAUCGCCGGAGCAAGCAACCGUUAUCGAAGAAUCUCCCGACACAGUCCAAAUCUCGGAGGUUCAGACUGAAACAGGUGAAAUGCGAACCGUCAAAACAAAGAAACGCCGAAUCAAGGGUAAGGAUGGCGCUGUUGAAGAAGUACACGAAAUCACGGAAACUACUGAGUUGCCCGAGACGUCAGUAGAAGUGGUUGAAGUUCCGGAAGAGACAACCGUCGAAGAAAUCGAUACACCUGAGGAAGUUCAGACUGAAACUGGUGAAACACGAACCGUCAAAACAAAGAAACGCCGAAUCAAGGGUAAGGAUGGCGCUGUUGAAGAAGUACACGAAAUCACCGAAACUACUGAGUUGCCCGAUACGUCGGUAGAAGUGGUUGAAGUUCCGGAAGAGACAACCGUCGAAGAAAUCGAUACACCUGAGGACCAACAAGUGUCGCCAGAGAAAGCAACCCUUAUCGAAGAAUCUCCCGACACGAUCCAAUUUACAGAAGUUCAGACUGAAACUGGUGAAACACGAACCGUCAAAACCAAGAAACGCCGAGUCAAGGGUAAGGAUGGCGCUGUAGAAGAAGUACACGAAAUCACAGAAACUACUGAGUUGCCUGACACGUCGGUAGAAGUGGUUGAAGUUCCGGAAGAGACAACCGUCGAAGAAAUCGAAACACCCGAGGACAAACAAGAAUCGCCGGAGCAAGCAACCGUUAUCGAUGAAUCACCCGACACAGUCCAAAUCUCGGAGGUUCAGACUGAAACAGGUGAAACGCGAACCGUCAAAACAAAGAAACGCCGAAUCAAGGGUAAGGAUGGCGCUUUUGAAGAAGUACACGAAAUUACAGAAACAACUGAGUUGCCCGAUACGUCGGUAGAAGUGGUUGAAGUUCCGGAAGAGACAACCGUCGAAGAAAUCGAUACACCUGAGGAAGUUCAGGCUGAAACUGGUGAAACACGAACCGUCAAAACAAAGAAACGCCGAAUCAAGGGUAAGGAUGGUGCUGUUGAAGAAGUACACGAAAUUACAGAAACAACUGAGUUGCCCGAUACGUCGGUAGAAGUGGUUGAAGUUCCGGAAGAGACAACCGUCGAAGAAAUCGAUACACCUGACGACAAACAAGUAUCGCCGGAGCAAGCAACCCUUAUCGACGAAUCUCCCGACACAGUCCAAAUCUCUGAGGUUCAGACUGAAUCCGGUGAAACAAGAACCGUCAAAACAAAGAAACGCCGAAUCAAGGGUAAGGAUGGCGCUGUUGAAGAAGUACACGAAAUCACGGAAACAACUGAGUUGCCCGAUACGUCGGUAGAAGUGGUUGAAGUUCCGGAAGAGACAACCGUCGAAGAAAUCGAUACACCUGAGGGUAAGUUGACUAUCAAAACUAUCAAGAAACGCACAAAGAAGACAAAACACAUACACACCCCACAGGACAUAACAGAUGACACUGUCACUGACGAAGCACUUCCACUCACAGACAAACAAGAAUCGCCGGAGCAAGCAACCCUUAUCGAAGAAUCUCCCGACACAGUCCAAAUCUCGGAGGUUCAGACUGAAACAGGUGAAACGCGAACCGUCAAAACAAAGAAACGCCGAAUCAAGGGUAAGGAUGGCGCUGUUGAAGAAGUACACGAAAUCACAGAAACAACUGAGUUGCCCGAUACGUCGGUAGAAGUGGUUGAAGUUCCGGUAGAGACAACCGUCGAAGAAAUCGAUACACCUGAGGGUAAGUUGACUAUCAAAACUAUCAAGAAACGCACAAAGAAGACAAAACACAUACACACCCCACAGGACAUAACAGAUGACACUGUCACUGACGAAGCACUUCCACUCACAGACAAACAAGAAUCGCCGGAGCAAGCAACCCUUAUCGAAGAAUCUCCCGACACAGUCCAAAUCUCGGAGGUUCAGACUGAAACAGGUGAAACGCGAACCGUCAAAACAAAGAAACGUCGAAUCAAGGGUAAGGAUGGCGCUUUUGAAGAAGUACACGAAAUCACAGAAACAACUGAGUUGCCCGAUACGUCGGUAGAAGUGGUUGAAGUUCCGGUAGAGACAACCGUCGAAGAAAUCGAUACACCUGAGGGUAAGUUGACUAUCAAAACUAUCAAGAAACGUACGAAGAAGACAAAACACAUACACACCCCACAGGACAUAACAGAUGACACUGUCACUGACGAAGCACUUCCACUCACAGACAAACAAGAAUCGCCGGAGCAAGCAACCGUUAUCGAUGAAUCACCCGACACAGUCCAAAUCUCGGAGGUUCAGACUGAAACAGGUGAAACGCGAACCGUCAAAACAAAGAAACGCCGAAUCAAGGGUAAGGAUGGCGCUUUUGAAGAAGUACACGAAAUUACAAAAACAACUGAGUUGCCCGAUACGUCGGUAGAAGUGGUUGAAGUUCCGGAAGAGACAACCGUCGAAGAAAUCGAUACACCUGAGGGUAAGUUGACUAUCAAAACUAUCAAGAAACGUACGAAGAAGACAAAACACAUACACACCCCACAGGACAUAACAGAUGACACUGUCACUGACGAAGCACUUCCACUCACAGACAAACAAGAAUCGCCGGAGCAAGCAACCGUUAUCGAUGAAUCACCCGACACAGUCCAAAUCUCGAAGGUUCAGACUGAAACAGGUGAAACGCGAACCGUCAAAACAAAGAAACGCCGAAUCAAGGGUAAGGAUGGCGCUUUUGAAGAAGUACACGAAAUUACAGAAACAACUGAGUUGCCCGAUACGUCGGUAGAAGUGGUUGAAGUUCCGGAAGAGACAACCGUCGAAGAAAUCGAUACACCUGAGGACAAACAAGUAUCGCCAGAGCAAGCAACCCUUAUCGAAGAAUCUCCCGACACAGUCCAAAUUACAGAAGUUCAGGCUGAAACUGGUGAAACACGAACCGUCAAAACAAAGAAACGCCGAAUCAAGGGUAAGGAUGGCGCCGUUGAAGAAAUACACGAAAUUACAGAAAUUACUGAGUUGCCCGAUACGUCGGUAGAAGUGGUUGAAGUUCCGGAAGAGACAACCGUCGAAGAAAUCGAUACACCUGACGACAAACAAGAAUCGCCGGAGCAAGCAACCGUUAUCGAUGAAUCACCCGACACAGUCCAAAUCUCGGAGGUUCAGACUGAAACAGGUGAAACGCGAACCGUCAAAACAAAGAAACGCCGAAUCAAGGGUAAGGAUGGUGCUGUUGAAGAAGUACACGAAAUCACCGAAACUACUGAGUUGUCCGAGACGUCGGUGGAAGUGGUUGAAGUUCCGGAAGAGACAACCGUCGAAGAAAUCGAUACACCUGACGACAAACAAGUAUCGCCGGAGCAAGCAACCCUUAUCGACGAAUCUCCCGACACAGUCCAAAUCUCUGAGGUUCAGACUGAAUCCGGUGAAACAAGAACCGUCAAAACAAAGAAACGCCGAAUCAAGGGUAAGGAUGGCGCUGUUGAAGAAGUACACGAAAUCACGGAAACAACUGAGUUGCCCGAUACGUCGGUAGAAGUGGUUGAAGUUCCGGAAGAGACAACCGUCGAAGAAAUCGAUACACCUGAGGGUAAGUUGACUAUCAAAACUAUCAAGAAACGCACAAAGAAGACAAAACACAUACACACCCCACAGGACAUAACAGAUGACACUGUCACUGACGAAGCACUUCCACUCACAGACAAACAAGAAUCGCCGGAGCAAGCAACCCUUAUCGAAGAAUCUCCCGACACAGUCCAAAUCUCGGAGGUUCAGACUGAAACAGGUGAAACGCGAACCGUCAAAACAAAGAAACGCCGAAUCAAGGGUAAGGAUGGCGCUGUUGAAGAAGUACACGAAAUCACAGAAACAACUGAGUUGCUCGAUACGUCGGUAGAAGUGGUUGAAGUUCCGGUAGAGACAACCGUCGAAGAAAUCGAUACACCUGAGGGUAAGUUGACUAUCAAAACUAUCAAGAAACGCACAAAGAAGACAAAACACAUACACACCCCACAGGACAUAACAGAUGACACUGUCACUGACGAAGCACUUCCACUCACAGACAAACAAGAAUCGCCGGAGCAAGCAACCGUUAUCGAUGAAUCACCCGACACAGUCCAAAUCUCGGAGGUUCAGACUGAAACAGGUGAAACGCGAACCGUCAAAACAAAGAAACGCCGAAUCAAGGGUAAGGAUGGCGCUUUUGAAGAAGUACACGAAAUUACAGAAACAACUGAGUUGCCCGAUACGUCGGUAGAAGUGGUUGAAGUUCCGGAAGAGACAACCGUCGAAGAAAUCGAUACACCUGAGGGUAAGUUGACUAUCAAAACUAUCAAGAAACGUACGAAGAAGACAAAACACAUACACACCCCACAGGACAUAACAGAUGACACUGUCACUGACGAAGCACUUCCACUCACAGACAAACAAGAAUCGCCGGAGCAAGCAACCGUUAUCGAUGAAUCACCCGACACAGUCCAAAUCUCGAAGGUUCAGACUGAAACAGGUGAAACGCGAACCGUCAAAACAAAGAAACGCCGAAUCAAGGGUAAGGAUGGCGCUUUUGAAGAAGUACACGAAAUUACAGAAACAACUGAGUUGCCCGAUACGUCGGUAGAAGUGGUUGAAGUUCCGGAAGAGACAACCGUCGAAGAAAUCGAUACACCUGAGGGUAAGUUGACUAUCAAAACUAUCAAGAAACGCACAAAGAAGACAAAACACAUACACACCCCACAGGACAUAACAGAUUACACUGUCACUGAUGAAACACUUCCACUAACAGACAAACAAGUAUCGCCAGAGCAAGCAACCCUUAUCGAAGAAUCUCCCGACACAGUCCAAAUUACAGAAGUUCAGACUGAAACUGGUGAAACACGAACCGUCAAAACAAAGAAACGCCGAAUCAAGGGUAAGGAUGGCGCCGUUGAAGAAAUACACGAAAUUACAGAAAUUACUGAGUUGCCCGAUACGUCGGUAGAAGUGGUUGAAGUUCCGGAAGAGACAACCGUCGAAGAAAUCGAUACACCUGAGGGUAAGUUGACUAUCAAAACUAUCAAGAAACGCACAAAGAAGACAAAACACAUACACACCCCACAGGACAUAACAGAUGACACUGUCACUGACGAAGCACUUCCACUCACAGACAAACAAGAAUCGCCGGAGCAAGCAACCGUUAUCGAAGAAUCUCCUGACACAGUCCAAAUCUCGGAGGUUCAGACUGAAACAGGUGAAACGCGAACCGUCAAAACAAAGAAACGCCGAAUCAAGGGUAAGGAUGGCGCCGUUGAAGAAAUACACGAAAUUACAGAAACUACUGAGUUGCCCGAUACGUCGGUAGAAGUGGUUGAAGUUCCGGAAGAGACAACCGUCGAAGAAAUCGAUACACCUGACGACAAACAAGAAUCGCCGGAGCAAGCAACCGUUAUCGAUGAAUCACCCGACACAGUCCAAAUCUCGGAGGUUCAGACUGAAACAGGUGAAACGCGAAUAGUCAAAACAAAGAAACGCCGAAUCAAGGGUAAGGAUGGUGCUGUUGAAGAAGUACACGAAAUCACCGAAACUACUGAGUUGCCCGAGACGUCGGUGGAAGUGGUUGAAGUUCCGGAAGAGACAACCGUCGAAGAAAUCGAUACACCUGAGGGUAAGUUGACUAUAAAAACUAUCAAAAAACGCACAAAGAAGACAAAACACAUUCGAACGCCACAGGACAUAAUAGAUGACACUGUCACUGACGAAACACUUCCACUAACGGACAAACAAGUAUCGCCGGAGCAAGCAACCUUUAUCGAAGAAUCUCCCGACACAGUACAAAUUACAGAAGUUCAGACUGAAACUGGUGAAACACGAACCGUCAAAACAAAGAAACGGCGAAUCAAGGGUAAGGAUGGCGCUGUUGAAGAAGUACACGAAAUCACGGAAACAACUGAGUUGCCCGAUACGUCGGUAGAAGUGGUUGAAGUUCCGGAAGAGACAACCGUCGAAGAAAUCGAUACACCUGAGGGUAAGUUGACUAUAAAAACUAUCAAGAAACGCACAAAGAAGACAAAACACAUUCACACCCCACAGGACAUAACAGAUGACACUGUCACUGACGAAACACUUCCACUCACAGACAAACAAGAAUCGCCGGAGCAAGCAACCCUUAUCGAAGAAUCUCCCGACACAGUCCAAAUCUCUGAGGUUCAGACAGAAUCUGGUAAAACAAGAACCGUCAAAACAAAGAAACGCCGAAUCAAGGGUAAGGAUGGCGCUGUUGAAGAAGUACACAAAAUCACGGAAACAACUGAGUUGCCCGAUACGUCGGUAGAAGUGGUUGAAGUUCCGGAAGAGACAACCGUCGAAGAAAUCGAUACACCUGAGGGUAAGUUGACUAUCAAAACUAUCAAGAAACGCACAAAGAAGACAAAACACAUACACACCCCACAGGACAUAACAGAUGACACUGUCACUGACGAAGCACUUCCACUCACAGACAAACAAGAAUCGCCGGAGCAAGCAACCGUUAUCGAAGAAUCUCCUGACACAGUCCAAAUCUCGGAGGUUCAGACUGAAACAGGUGAAACGCGAACCGUCAAAACAAAGAAACGCCGAAUCAAGGGUAAGGAUGGCGCCGUUGAAGAAAUACACGAAAUUACAGAAACUACUGAGUUGCCCGAUACGUCGGUAGAAGUGGUUGAAGUUCCGGAAGAGACAACCGUCGAAGAAAUCGAUACACCUGAGGGUAAGUUGACUAUCAAAACUAUCAAGAAACGCACAAAGAAGACAAAACACAUACACACCCCACAGGACAUAACAGAUGACACUGUCACUGAUGAAACACUUCCACUAACAGACAAACAAGUAUCGCCGGAGCAAGCAACCCUUAUCGAAGAAUCUCCCGACACAGUCCAAAUUACAGAAGUUCAGACUGAAACUGGUGAAACACGAACCGUCAAAACCAAGAAACGCCGAGUCAAGGGUAAUGAUGGCGCCGUUGAAGAAAUACACGAAAUUACAGAAACAACUGAGUUGCCCGACAUUUCGGUAGAAGUGGUUGAAGUUCCGGAAGAGACAACCGUCGAAGAAAUCGAUACACCUGAGGACAAACAAGAAUCGCCGGAGCAAGCAACCGUUAUCGAAGAUUCUCCCGACACAGUCCAAAUCUCUGAGGUUCAGACUGAAACUGGUGAAACAAGAACCGUCAAAACCAAAAAACGCCGAGUCAAGGGUCAGGAUGGCGCCGUUGAAGAAAUACACGAAAUUACAGAAAUUACUGAGUUGCCCGAUACGUCGGUAGAAGUGGUUGAAGUUCCGGAAGAGACAACCGUCGAAGAAAUCGAUACACCUGAGGGUAAUUUGACUAUCAAAACUAUCAAGAAACGUACGAAGAAGACAAAACCUAAACACACCCCACAGGACAUAACAGAUGACACUGUCACUGAUGAAACACUUCCACUAACAUACAAACAAGUAUCGCCGGAGCAAGCAACCGUUAUCGAAGAAUCUCCCGACACAGUCCAAAUUACAGAAGUUCAGACUGAAACUGGUGAAACGCGAACCGUCAAAACAAUGAAACGCCGUAUCAAGGGUAAGGAUGGCGCUGUUGAAGAAGUACAUGAAAUCACAGAAACAACUGAGUUGCCCGAUACGUCGGUAGAAGUGGUUGAAGUUCCGGAAGAGACAACCGUCGAAGAAAUCGAUACACCUGAGGACAAACAAGAAUCGCCGGAGCAAGCAACCAUUAUCGAAGAUUCUCCCGACACAGUCCAAAUCUCUGAGGUUCAGACUGAAACUGGUGAAACGCGAACCGUCAAAACCAAAAAACGCCGAUUCAAGGGUAAGGAUGGCGCUGUUGAAGAAGUACACGAAAUCACUGAAACAACUGAGUUGCCCGAUACGUCGGUAGAAGUGUUUGAAGUUCCGGAAGAGACAACCGUCGAAGAAAUCGAUACACCUGAGGAUAAACAAGUAUUGCCGGAGCAAGCAACCCUUAUCGAAGAAACUCCCGACACAGUUCAAAUCUCGGAGGUUCAGACUGAAACUGGUGAAACGCGAACCGUCAAAACAAAGAAACGCCGAGUCAAGGGUAAGGAUGGCGCUGUUGAAGAAAUACACGAAAACACAGAAACAACUGAGUUGCCCGAUACGUCGGUAGAAGUGGUUGAAGUUCCGGAAGAGACAACCGUCGAAAUAAUCGAUACACCUGAGGACAAACAAGUAUCGCCGGAGCAAGCAACCGUUAUCGAAGAAUCUCCCGACACAGUCCAAAUUACAGAAGUUCAGACUGAAACUGGUGAAACGCGAACCGUCAAAACAAUGAAACGCCGUAUCAAGGGUAAGGAUGGCGCUGUUGAAGAAGUACACGAAAUCACAGAAACAACUGAGUUGCCCGAUACGUCGGUAGAAGUGGUUGAAGUUCCGGAAGAGACAACCGUCGAAGAAAUCGAUACACCUGAGGGUAAGUUGACCAUCAAAACUAUCAAGAAACGUACGAAGAAGACAAAACCUAAACACACCCCACAGGACAUAACAGAUGACACUGUCACUGAUGAAACACUUCCACUAACAUACAAACAAGUAUCGCCGGAGCAAGCAACCGUUAUCGAAGAAUCUCCCGACACAGUCCAAAUUACAGAAGUUCAGACUGAAACUGGUGAAACGCGAACCGUCAAAACAAUGAAACGCCGUAUCAAGGGUAAGGAUGGCGCUGUUGAAGAAGUACACGAAAUCACAGAAACAACUGAGUUGCCCGAUACGUCGGUAGAAGUGGUUGAAGUUCCGGAAGAGACAACCGUCGAAGAAAUCGAUACACCUGAGGACAAACAAGAAUCGCCGGAGCAAGCAACCAUUAUCGAAGAUUCUCCCGACACAGUCCAAAUCUCUGAGGUUCAGACUGAAACUGGUGAAACGCGAACCGUCAAAACCAAAAAACGCCGAUUCAAGGGUAAGGAUGGCGCUGUUGAAGAAGUACACGAAAUCACUGAAACAACUGAGUUGCCCGAUACGUCGGCAGAAGUGUUUGAAGUUCCGGAAGAGACAACCGUCGAAGAAAUCGAUACACCUGAGGAUAAACAAGUAUUGCCGGAGCAAGCAACCCUUAUCGAAGAAACUCCCGACACAGUUCAAAUCUCGGAGGUUCAGACUGAAACUGGUGAAACGCGGACCGUCAAAACAAAGAAACGCCGAAUCAAGGGUAAGGAUGGCGCUGUUGAAGAAAUAAACGAAAUCACAGAAAUAACUGAGUUGCCCGAUACGUCGGUAGAAGUGGUUGAAGUUCCGGAAGAGACAACCGUCGAAGAAAUCGAUACACCUGAGGAUAAACAAGUAUUGCCGGAGCAAGCAACCCUUAUCGAAGAAACUCCCGACACAGUUCAAAUCUCGGAGGUUCAGACUGAAACUGGUGAAACGCGAACCGUCAAAACAAAGAAACGCCGAAUCAAGGGUAAAGAUGGCGCUGUUGAAGAAGUACACGAAAUCUCAGAAACAACUGAGUUGCCCGAUACGUCGGUAGAAGUGGUUGAAGUUCCGGAAGAGACAACCGUCGAAGAAAUCUAUACACCUGAGGGUAAGUUGACUAUCAAAACUAUCAAGAAACACACAAAGAAGACAAAACACAUACACACCCCACAGGACAUAACAGAUGACACUGUCACUGACGAAACACUUCCACUAACAGACAUACAAGUAUCGCCGGAUCAAGCAACCCUUAUCGAAGAAUCUCCCGACACAGUCCAAAUCUUGGAGGUUCAGACUGAAACUGGUGAAACGCGAACCGUCAAAACAAAGAAACGCCAAGUCAAGGGUGAGAACGGCGCUAUAGAAGAAGUACACGAAAUCACAGAAACAACUGAGUUGCCCGAUACGUCUGUAGAAGUGGUUGAAGUUCCGGAAGAGACAACCGUCGAAGAAAUCGAUACACCUGAGGACAUACAAGUAUCGCCGGAUCAAGCAACCCUUAUCGAAGAAUCUCCCGACACAGUCCAAAUCUUGGAGGUUCAGACUGAAACUGGUGAAACGCGAACCGUCAAAACAAAGAAACGCCAAGUCAAGGGUGAGAACGGCGCUAUAGAAGAAGUACACGAAAUCACAGAAACAACUGAGUUGCCCGAUACGUCGGUAGAAGUGGUUGAAGUUCCGGAAGAGACAACCGUCGAAGAAAUCGAUACACCUGAGGGUAAGUUGACUAACAAAACUAUCAAGAAACGUACGAAGAAGACAAAACCCAUACACACCCCACAGGACAUAACAGAUGACACUGUCACUGACGAAACACUUCCACUCACAGACAAACAAGAAUCGCCGAAGCAAGCAACCCUUAUCGAAGAAUCUCCCGACAUAGUCCAAAUCUCGGAGAUUCAGACUGAAACUGGUGAAACGCGAACCGUCAAAACAAAGAAACGCCGUAUCAAGGGUAAGGAUUGCGCUGUUGAAGAAGUACACGAAAUCACAGAAACAACUGAGUUGCCCGAUACGUCGGUAGAAGUGGUUGAAGUUCCGGAAGAGACAACCGUCGAAGAAAUCGAUACACCUGAGGGUAAGUUGACUAUCAAAACUAUCAAGAAACGUACGAAGAAGACAAAACCCAUACACACCCCACAGAACAUAACAGAUGACACUGUCACUUACGAAACACUUCCACUAACAGAUAAACAAGUAUCGCCGGAGCAAGCAACCCUUAUCGAAGAAUCUCCCGACACAGUCCAAAUUACAGAAGUUCAGACUGAAACUGGUGAAACGCGAACCGUCAAAACAAGGAAACGCCGAGUCAAGGGUAAGGAUGGCGCUGUUGAAGAAGUACACGAAAUCGCAGAAACAACUGAGUUGCCCGAAACGUCGGUAGAAGUGGUUAAAGUUCCGGAAGUGACAACCGUCGACGAAAUCGAUACACCUGAGGAAACAACUGAGUUGCCGGAUACAUCAAUAGAAGUGGUUGAAGUUCCCGAUAAGACAACCUUAAAAGAAAAUAUGACACUUGUGGUUUACGAAAAAACUGAGGUUGGGAUGACCGAAGAAGGGAAGACACCUGACCAGAUGCCUGAAAAGCCUGUUGAACCGUCCACGAAACGCAAACCAAAGCUGAAACCACAGAAAAUUGAAGUUAUACAAAUAAGCCAACCUCAAAAGGUGAAUGAGUUGCCAGAACAUCAGUUUACCACCUUGAAACUUAAAAAACCUUCACAAAAACCUAAACAAGAGGUAAAAGUAACAACUUUACCCAAGUUCCAAUUAAAAAGCAGAAUAAGAUUCAUAAAUGAUUGGCCACCAGAAAUCAAAAAACUAUCAUUUACUAUAAUAGACAGUAUACGACAAAACGGUAUAUUGUCAAGAAAUAUUAAAGAUGCAGCAAAAAUUAAGAAAAAACCAAUUAAAGAACCAACUCUUUCCAAUGUUGAAAUAACAGAACUAGAAAAGCCAAUGUUUACUCAUGAAGAUCUUAUUGAGAGCAAAGAAAAAAUACCUGAUCUAUACAACGAAACACCGGAAGAAAUUCUCGAACAGUUUACUAUAUUACCUCGAAAGUCUAGCGUUAAAAAAGUAGAAGAAUUUGAAGAUGAGGUUACUAUAAAAAAGAAAUUAAAACCGACUAGAAAAUCAUCUACUACUUUACCAGAAAUAACAGAACCCGAAAUAGUACUAUUCAGACCAAAAACAACUAAAACGCUCGAAGAUGUGGAACAAGAGUUUAAUAUUCAACUGAAUUCGUAUGCCGAGGAAGAAAUAUCUAUGUCAAGUAAAGUUAAAUUGAAACAACCGAAGCUUACAACAUUUGGCGAAGAGGCAAGUGAAACUUCAAUUAAACUCUAUGAAGAUGAUAAUGAGACACCAGAAGCAAUUGUUAUUUCUGAUGCAGAAGAUGACCAUAUAAAAGAACCAGUUGAUAUUGUGUUGUCUGUGAAAAAGAUUAAUAAGAAAAAAGUUGUUGAAGAUGAUACUUCUGUUAUAUUAGCAAAACCUAAACCAUCUACAGCAAUAUCGGAAAUAAGUGAAAAUGUCAAUAUUACUUUGGAGAAAAAGCCUGAGUAUAUCGUUGAUAAUCAAGAAGAAAUAGCAUUCGAUAUAAAACAAAAAGUUGACCAGUUCAAAGAAGAAGACAUUUCACUUUCAAGUAAAAUUAAACUGAAAUCGAAAAGAAUAUUAAGUAAAUCGGAAGCUGCGGACGAAGUUUCAAUAAAAUUACAUCAAGAAAAUAUUGAUCAAGAUAUUAACGAAGUCGAUGAAAUAAUUAUAAGUGAUGGUGACGUUGAAGAAAAUGUUGAAAUGGUGAUCAAACGCAAACAGAAAAAAGCGCCCUAUGAAGUUAGUGAGGUAGAAGAAUUAAGCAUAGAGUUAAAGCCAAAAAAAAAUGCCUCGUCGAUAUUUGACGAGGAAAAACUUACAGUGUCAACAAAACGAAAAUCAAAGAAACCGUUAACAGUGCAAGAAGCAGACGUUACAAUGAACAUAUCGAGAGAACAAGAGUUCCCAGAAACGCCAGUAAAUGUUCGAUGUGGUGAUAUAGUAUUUGCAGUUUAUUCAUAUAUGGCAGAAAGUGAUGAAGCUAUAAAUCUAGUAGAGGGCGAACGACUAUAUAUACUGGAUACAACGAACCAAGAUUGGUGGUACGUUCGAAAGCAUUUAACAGAAGAAAUUGGUUGGGUGCCAGCACAAUAUCUAAUGGAUGAAGAAACCUACACAUUAUAUUUACAGAAGAAAUUAAACGAAAAAAUUGAUAAGCUACCAGUUUUUGAAAAACCUACAUCGGAAGAACAAGCUAUAGCCCCAAUAUUUGUGGAAAAACUCAGACCAAAACAUACGCCAGAUGGCUCAACCGUUCAAUUUGAAUGUCAGGUUGAGGGAUAUCCUAGGCCUCAAAUCACUUGGUUCCGACAAACGGCCAUUAUUAAACCAUCUCAAGAUUUCCAAAUGUAUUACGAUGAUGACAAUGUCGCAACACUAGUAAUUCGUGAAGUUUUCCCGGAGGAUGCUGGAACCUUCACAUGUGUAGCAAAGAAUGCAGCUGGCUUCGCCUCAAGUACUACUGAGUUAAUCGUUGAAGCUCCCCUUUCAGAUCAUGGGUCAGAAAUGACUAUUUUAUCUAGGAAGAGCCUGUCCAGAGAAUCUUCUUUAGCUGAUAUUUUAGAAGGUAUACCCCCCACAUUCUCAAAACGUCCUAAAGCGCAAUACGUUGACGAGGGGUCUGAUAUAUAUCUCGAGUGUCGUUUGGUCGCUAUACCUGAACCAGAUAUAACAUGGCUUUUCAAAAAUGAAGAAAUUAUUCCUAGUGACAAUAUAUCUAUUGUUACUGAAUCAGAUAUGCAUAUGUACUGUAGUGUACUAAAGAUAUCUAAUGUAAGAAAAAAUCAAGAAGGUACUUACACAGUACUGGCAGUAAACAGAGAAGGUGAAGCUAGCUUACCAAUUGUACUCAAAAUAAAAACAGGCGAGAAAGAGAAACCACAAGUUAUUGAACCAUUGAAAAAUAUGACUAUAAGGCAGGGAGAAAGUUUUGUUCUCACAGCACAGGUGGUAGGGAACCCAGCACCGAAAGUGGCAUGGUUCAGAAACCAUAAACCUCUCAAUUCCCUUCCAAUCAAAUCCGAUGGAAACGUGCACUCAAUAACUGUAAUUAAGCCUACAAAAGGAAAGGAUGAUGGAGUUUACACACUAAAAGCUGUUAAUUCAGAAGGUGCAACAGAAACCAAUGCUGUUAUUGUAAUAGAAGAACCAACCGAAGAAAAUGCUGAACCUCCACUUUUCAUCCACCGAUUCCAAGAGAUAACAGUAAAAGAGAACGAAACCAUAAAAUUAAAUGCUAAAGUUACAGGAAAUCCAGUCCCAUCUAUAACUUGGUAUAGAAAUAAUAAAAUUCUUACUCCGUCUGAUACAGUUACACAAAGAUUUGACGGAGAAAAUAUAGAAUUAAUUAUAACAAAUGUAGAUUCUGAAAUAGAUUCAGGUGACUAUAAAUGCGUCGCUUCUAACAGUGCUGGAAAAGCAUCACAUGGCGCUAAAGUUACAAUCGAUGUAGAAAAAGUUACUUUUGUAAAAAAAUUAAAAACAAAGUAUGAAAUAGAGGAAGGUAAAACAGUUAUGUUAGAAUGUGAAACAUCCCACACCGUAUCCACAAAGUGGUAUCAUAACGCGAAAGAGCUAAGUGGUAUGGAUCAUAGAGAAAUUAUUCAAGAGGGUAGAGUUCAUAAACUUAGAAUUAAAAAGGCAAAGAUCACGGAUGAAGGAACAUUUAGAUGUAUUGUUAAGGGCCAAGAAACAAGUGCAAUUGUAAAAGUAUAUGAAACUAUUCCAGAAUUCAUUAGGAGACUUCAAGACUUUGAAGUUAAAGAAAGAGAUAUUGCUAUUUUAGAAGUCGAAAUUAAUUCAGAAACAGCUGAGGUUAGCUGGGAAAAAGAUGGUGAAAUGCUUAAACCUAAAAAGAAUAAAUAUGAAGUUGAGAAACGUGGCAAUAUUCGUAAACUACUUAUUAGGAAUACCUCUGUACAUGAUGAGGGUGAAUAUAUAUGUAAACUGCGGGAUGAUUCUUGUAGUGCGGAAAUUACAGUGGUUGAGUUACCACCAGAAAUAAUAUCUCGUCUUCAAGACCAACGAGUCAAUAAGGGUUACAAAGCGACAUUUGAAAUUGAGCUUACAAAAGGUGAUGCUCUCGUUAGAUGGUUUAAAGAUAACUCAGAAAUACAAUUCUCAAAUCAUAUUCAACUGACUAUUGACGGAAAGAAACAAAAACUAAAAAUAUACGAUUGUGACUUAAAUGAUGGAGGAGAGUAUGCAUGUGAAGUAGGAAGUGACAGAUGUUCUGCAAAAUUAAGAGUAGACGAGCCAACGAUAGACUUUACGAUGCGUCUUCCAGAAGUCAUUACUGUACCAGCAAACACCGAUGCCUACUUGACAGUUGUAAUACCUGAUGAAAUUAUUGAUGUUUUGUGGUACAAACGUAAAACACUGAUUAAAGAUACAGAUAAAUUCACCUUGAUCAGAGAUGGUAAAAAACGCACUCUUAUUAUUCGGAAAUGUAAUGAAGACGAUCAGUCAGAAUAUUCUUGUGUCUUAUCGGAGGCGAGGAGUUCAACAAAAUUAAAAGUAGAAGUAAUCGAAUAUCCUCCAAAAGUGGUAUCAUAUGAGAAAGAAUACCGAGUAAAGCGAGGUAGUGACAUAACAAUAAGUGUAUUUUAUGAAGCUAACCCACCACCAAAUGACGAAUGGGUCGUCAGCGCUAAAAUUAUAAAGAAAUCAAAACAUAUGAAGCCUUCCAUUGAUUCCAAAGUGGCAAGUCUUACUAUAAAAAAGAUUGAACAUUCCGAUGCUGGUUUAUAUAGAUUAAAACUUCAAAACAACUGUGGUGAAGUGGAAAUUGAAACUAAACUCAUAGUUAUGGAUCUUCCAUCGCCUCCUGGGACUCCCAAAAUACUCGAAGUCGCUGAUAACUUUGUUAAUAUAUUCUGGAGUGAACCUACUGAUACUGGAUAUUCAGAAAUACAAUGUUAUAUUGUAGAAUACCAAGAGAAGAAUACUACAGAAUGGAUUUCAAUCGAAAACGUCAAACUAAAUCAAUAUUGCAUAGAAAACUUGAAGACGAAAUCGUCGUAUAGGUUCCGUGUAUUUGCUGUGAAUGAAGUCGGUGUUAGUGAAGCUUCAGAGGUUACAGAGUUCGUUAAAAUACAAAAAAUCAUUACUGGACAACCACCGACCGUAGAAAACCCCCUGAAAGACGUGGUAGCUGAACCUGAUGAGUGUGUGGAGCUAUCCUGUAUAUUCGGUGGAAUUCCCGAGCCAAAAGUAUCUUGGAUGAAAAACGGAAAACAAUUAAAGACCGCAAAAGCUACUUACGUAAACCGGGUGGCCACUCUUGUAAUAUCAAGCUCAAAAUCAAGCGUAGGCGAAUAUAAAUGUGUAGCAUUAAAUGAAUUUGGUGAGAUUUAUACAUCAUGCCAUGUAGAGAUACAACUGAAGCCUCUUAUAAUAGUCUCAGAUGAUGAAAAAGAUCAAAAGAGAAAGAUAAAUAGUGAAUGGACGGUAGCUGCAUGUAUAGAAGGAAUACCACAGCCAGAUAUUAUUUGGUAUAGGAACGGUACAAAAUUACAAACCACAAAAGACAUAGAGAUCACUACCAGCGAAAAUACAAGUACCAUACGUAUAAUAAGUUUAAAACGUACGCACAGUGGUAAAUAUACGAUUGAAGCUACUAACAAGGCUGGGAAAGCGUCCGUAGAUCUCUCACUUAAAGUGUUUGACAAACCAAGUAAACCUGAGGGACCAAUUGUUAUGCGAGAAAUUAGUAGAGAAUCCGUUACCAUAGAAUGGAAACCUCCAGUAGACGAUGGCGGACUUGAGCUGACUAAAUAUGCUAUAGAGAAACAUGACCCAGAAGUUGACCAAUGGGUAAUGGUGGCUGACGUCAACAAAGAUGUAGAAACAUAUUGUAUUCAAAGACUGAACGAAAAUUGUGAAUAUAUGUUCCGAAUCAUGGCGCAAAAUCCUAUUGGUGUAUCGGACGCUUUAGAAAGUGAACCGAUAGUUAUAAAGACUGCUUUAGACGUUCCAUCCCCACCCCUGGGUCCUCUCGGCAUAUAUGGUAUAGCCCAAAAUUCACUCACAUUGACAUGGAAUCCUCCUGAAAAGAAUGGUGGUUCCAUUAUCCUCGACUAUACCAUAGAAAUAAAACAAGACGACAAAAGCUGGACAAAUGUGGCUAUUGUACCAGAAACAUUGGCUGAUAUCGAAAAACUUAUAACAAAUUCCACAUAUCAAUUUAGAAUAUACGCUAGAAAUGAAAUAGGAAAAAGUUUACCUUACGUUCCUGAGGAGAAAAUUUCAAUUGGAAAGACGUUGUCUCCGCCUUCACGACCGCAAAGAUUUAUAGUAAGAGACAUAACAUCAAGAUCUGUUACACUUCAGUGGAUGGCACCUGAUAGUGAUGGAGGCAGCACAAUAACGAACUACAUUAUCGAAUACAAGACCGUGAAAGGUAAAUCAUGGUCAAAGGUCAUAACAGUUAGCGGAUCAGUAUUCGAGCACUGCAUUGAAAACCUUAAGGAGAAGGAACAAAUCGUUUUUAGAAUAUCCGCUGAGAAUGCGAUAGGUGUUAGUUUGCCCACGCAGUCGCAAAACGUACGCUUGGACAAACAUGCAACCGUGCCUUCGCCUCCCACCGCGCCAUUGGAGAUCCGAAUGGUCGGUAACAACAUGGUGAUGACGUCAUGGGGCACACCGGAAUGGGACGGUGGAGCCCCACUUCAAGGGUACAACAUUGCCAUCCGUGACGUCACAAAGACCAUGUGGAUUGAAGUAGGAAAGGUGGAUGCGAAUAACCUGAAAUUCAAUAUUCGUGACUUGAAUGAGAACCAUACGUACAUGGUACGGAUUUACGCCAGGAAUGAGAUCGGUCUCAGUGAGCCGCUGGAAUCAGAUGAGCCCUUCAAAGUUCUACCUGGAGAAGAUUCUCACUACGACGAAGAGCCGGGCGAGUAUACAGAAGCAACGGAACCGACGUCCUUCAGUCAAACAACGACUUCCUGGCUUCGGGACCAUAACAUGGACGCCGACAUCCGAUCGUACGCUCGAGGCUCCCUGCUUAGACGGGACGAGUACUUCUUCAGAAUAUGGUACUACGCCAAACAACUGUUCAAAUGAACGAAUCCGUACAUACGUACAAUUACCUGUGAUAUUUAAACACAAAACCCAUUCUAGUUCACGUAUAGCUAUAGUUUAGCGGCAAAGCGUACAUCCUUCAAUGUGUAGUUGAAGAUUAUUUAUUUUAGAGUAGGAGAUUAUUUAUUUAAUUUAUUUUUAUUUUGUAAAUAAAACCUUACCGUCAUUUGUUUCUCGUCUAGGGAGACGUUAAUAUAGGUGCAUAAUUUUCAUUUCGAUAAACGAGAUUCAAAUUUGGUCAGGUUUUAUAUUUCAUUAAAAUGUUCAAUAAAUUGCUGUUAAUAUA